AUGAACAAAAGUAAAGAUUUACGAGAAGCUUUGGAUCAUUUAACAGAUUUAACAUUGUAUAAAAUAAGAACUAAUAAUUAUAAAAUGAAUGAUUCUUGUACUUUAAUGAAUAUAGAUCAAGAUGAUACUAAAGGAUGGUCUUUAUAUGCUACUAAAGGAAGUGCAGCUUUUGAUUUACGUAGUACCGAAAGAAAAGUAAUAUUGCCAUAUCAACGUAUAUUAAUUUCUACUGGUGUUUUCAUAUCAGAAAUGGAUCAAGAUCUUCAAGGUUUCAUUACAUCCAAGUCUGGUUUAGCCAUACAUAACGGUAUAACAGUAUUUAAUUCGCCUGGAAUUAUCGAUUCUGAUUAUAAAGACGAAAUUUAUGUCAUACUUUAUAAUUCGUCAAUUGAAGCAUAUACUGUUACUGUAGGUCAAUCUAUUGCACAAAUGACUUUUGUACCUGUAUUUUUUGCAGAAAGAAUUUCAUGGACAAUAGAUAAAAAUAAAAAUAGUCAAAUGGAAAUACAAUCUAUGUUAUCUGAUGAAGAAAGAAAGGGCGGUUUUGGUUCAACAGGACUUUAA